ACCGUUUUGAUGGUUGUUUGGAAGUCUGCAACGGUCUGCAUCGAUAACUUGUGCCUGUAGAUAUUCGAUAUCCGCAUGUAAUUUAAAAAUGGCUGCUGUAAAGCUGAUUUGGCAAUGUAUGUUUAGCCCUAGAUUGCAUAAAGUAUAUGAUGAUAGGCGACCCGAUGUUCUGUACGAAGCAGGACAUUUGGAAAAAUGGGGAGAUCAGGUUAUUCAUUCGUUGUUUAUCAUGUGGAAUGUUGGCCUAUACACUUCUCCGAUUCUGGCAACAGUUUUGUAUCGCAGAGGAUACUUCGUUUUUGAUGGAAUUGUAACGAUUGCAAAAUUUCUCACUGGAAUUGGCCUGAUUCUUGCAGCUUCCUACUGUCUCCGAGGUAUAGGUCGAGCUAAUAAUCACGCUUAUAUAACUUUCCUGAAUUCGCUUACUGCUGCUAAAAAGGAACUUAAUAAAGAUACAAAGAAAGCAUUAUCAAGAUAUGAUUUUGAAUUCUACGCUUGGCCAGUUGAAUUCAAGUGGUCCGAUAUAGAAGGAGAUGAAACCAAACAUCGCUUGUAUGUGGACCGGCCAUCACCUCGACGGACAGCAGUUGAGUGGCUGUUUGCAUUGCCAUGUCAGGUGGUCAGCUGUUUAGUGGCUCACACGUUUGGUCUGCGUCUAGUGUACCCAGGCUGUAUAUCUGUUCUGCAGUACGUGAUGUCUCCAAUCCUGUUGCAAGGUAGAAUCAAGCUUGUUAGUGAGAACCAAGCAGAACGAUUCAAGUUGUGGACCAGGGAUGGUAACCAAGUGGACACUAUGUUUGUGGACAGGAGAGACAAGCAUGCCAAUGGGAGCACUCUGGUUAUCUGUUCAGAAGGCAAUGCUGGCUUCUAUGAAAUCGGGAUAAUGGUUACUCCUUUGGAAGCAGGGUACUCAGUUCUGGGAUGGAAUCACCCUGGAUUUGGUGGCAGCACGGGGAUGCCAUACCCGGACCAAGAACUAAAUGCCAUCGAUAUUGUGAUGCAGUUUGCCAUUCACAGGCUGAAGUUUCAACCUGAGAAUAUUCUCUUGUUUGGUUGGAGUAUUGGGGGCUACCCAUCAUCUUGGGCUGCCAUGAACUAUCCAGAUGUCAAAGGAGUG